CUGCAGACUCCGAUCCACGUGUGUAUCCCCUGCGUCUCUCCUGUUCAACCUCUACCGUCCCAUACCCGUCCUGCAGCUAUGUCUUUCCGCCUACUGCACCUCGUUGUCGGCCUGCUAACCCUCAGCGUGGCUGAGUGUGUCAGCACGCAUCGCCGUGCUGCCACGGGGUGCAACCAGUACGCGGGUCAACUCAACCAGUCUAUCUCCGCGGCCUCCACCAUUGAGUGCGGUGGCCAGAACGUGCGAUGGAGCGAGUACGCGGCUCCGCAACCGGGCGUCGUCGUCAAGAUCGGUGCCGAGGACGACGUUUCCAAGGUUGUAGCUUUUGCUAGCAAGAGGAACAUCCCCUUUCUGGUUCAGGGCGGCGGCAAUGGGUGGGCAAACACAUUCACCCUCGACGGCUCCGGAAUCGUCAUCGACAUGUCAAAGCUCAAGGAGAUCACCUUCAAUUCUAACAAGACCGAGGUGACCUUCCAGGCCGGCGUUACCAACGCCGACCUAGUUGCAGCGGCUUGGAACAGCAACGUGCGCGCCUCUACCGCCACCUGCAACUGCGUCAGUAUUCUCGGUGCCACUCUUGGUGGCGGCUUGAGCAGAACCCAGGGUCCGUACGGCAUGGAGGUCGACCAGCUCCUCUCGGUCAACUACGUAGACGGCGACGGAAGAAAGAAGACGGUGACGGCCAAGAGCGACCCCGACCUAUGGUGGGCCUUGAAGGGAGCGGGAGCCAACUUUGGUAUCGUCACCUCAGCAGUAUUCAAGAGCUACCUCGUGCCUCAGGAGGAGAACCUGGCUUGGACCGGCGCGCUCAUCUACGACCCGUCUAAGAUCGAGGCGCUCAUGAGCGCCAUCGACGACCUCACCUUCGAGGCCGAGAUGCAGCUCGAUUUCUAUUUCGUCGCCAACCCGCCCGCUUACGAGCCUACGGUAGUCAUGCUGCCAUUUUACCUGGGGAGCGAGGAGGCCGGCAGAGAGAAAUUCUCUUCGCUCCUGGCCGUCGGCCCCCUUGCCGACAGCACGGCGGUGCUUACUUACGACGCCUGGAAUGCCGCCAGCGACGCGUUUUGCUCCAAGGGCGGCCGCAAGCCUUCCUACGCCGUCGGGCUUACGACGGUCGAUCCGGCUGCGUGGCGAAACGUCUGGGAUGAGUACUCCUCGUUCCUGAAGCAACAUCCCGAGGCUGGGACUACUACUAUUCUCACCGAAUGCUACGCUACAUCUAAAGCCUUGGAGAUCGGCAGCUCGGAGUCGUCGUACCCGUUCCGUGAUGUUAAGUGCCACGCUGUUGCGAUCCCGUGGUAUGAGGACGCGAGCCUGGACGGGGAGGCCAACGCGUUUGGUCAGAAGGUUAGGGAUUACUUGGCUCCUACAGCCGGAACCUCUGGGCUCCAGGCUUACAUCAACUUUGCCCACGGCGACGAGCCACUCGAAGCUAUCUACGGGAGCAGCCUACCUAGGUUGCAGCGACUGAAGAAAAAGUACGACCCGAAGAAGCGCUUCAACCAGUGGUUCCCGCUCUCAUAAUACUCCAUAGCCGAUGCAGCUAUUGAUAUCUAUCCUGUACGAAGUGUAUAU